AUUUAAGAAAGCCCAGUUCAUCUUUUCCACCUUCACCCAAACUUCCCACCAUCUUUCCCCGAACAUCAACUUCGCAACCAAAAUCUCGGCAGCACUACCUCACGUGUUCAGUGCUCUCCAAUCAAUAAUCCAUCCACCAGAAACACGAUGUCGGGUGUCGAUCAAAUCGUCAAGACGUUCGCCGACCUCGCUGAGGACGACCGUGAAGCGGCAAUGAGAGCUUUCUCAACGAUGAUGCGUACCGAACCUGUUCGCCGAAUCCCCGCGGCAAAGAAGAAGGUCAACGGCUUCAUGGGUUUCAGAUCGUACUAUUCCCCGCUCUUCUCUCAGCUCCCGCAAAAGGAGAGAUCGCCCUUCAUGACCAUUCUCUGGCAGCAUGAUCCCUUCCACAAUGAGUGGGAUUUCAUGUGCUCGGUGUAUUCGUCAAUCCGGACCUACCUUGAGCAGGAGAAGGUUACUCUGCAACUCUGGAUUCACUAUGCUGUCGGCCAUCUGGGAGUGAUUAUCCGCGACAACUACAUGGCAUCCUUUGGCUGGAACCUCGUCCGUUUUCCCAACGGCACUCACGACCUCGAGCGCACGGCUCUUCCUUUGGUUCAGCACAAUCUCCAGCCCAUGAACGGCUUAUGCCUGCUCACCAAGUGCCUCGAGAGCGGAUUGCCUCUUGCCAAUCCUCACUCUGUCAUCGCCAAGCUUUCAGAUCCUAGCUACGACAUGAUCUGGUUCAACAAGCGUCCUCACCGUCAGCAGGGACACGCCGUUCAAACUGAUGAAUCUGAAGUUGGAGUUUCGGCGAUGUUCCCUCGCAAUCACACGGUCGCUGCAGAGGUAGAUGGCAUCAUCAAUCUUCCUCUCUCCCAUUGGAUUCAGCAGGGAGAAUUCGGUACCGAGUCUGGAUACUCAGCUCAGUUUGAGACCUUGUUGGAUUCAAUUCUCGAGAAUGGACACGCCUCCAGCAAUGACCCUUACAACAUGGCUCUGGCUAUCGAUGUUCCCAUGAUGGGUUAGUGGAAGAUGAGGUACCAUGUCGCAAAACUUUACCCGUGUGCUAACCGAUUAACAGAAUUUAACUGAGGAGCAUAGAAGCACGGCGCAGUCACCAUUUCCUUUCCUUUGUCACAUCUGGAUUUCGUGUUACGGGCAUACAAAGCGAGGGCGAAAAGGGUCUAGUUAGGUUUCUUUGUGCAUACAUUUGGGGCAAAUCAUGAGACUUCAGAAUCGAACGGGGUGGAAUGGGCAAUUACACGGCAAGGAGACAGGUACCCGCCUAGAAGGCGAAAGAGUAUCAAAUAAAAUCAAAUCAGCGGCGUCCACCAUCUGAUCCGGGAUAGCCUUCACUAGUCAAUCAAUAUGAACGCAAGCGUCUGCGGUGUCAUUGCCGGAUUUGACAUGUC